GCUCGCGCAACCGGAAAAGUCAGAUUACGUAAACAUACCGAUCCCUGUGCUACCAUCGCCAUGCCCCACCUCGAAAUAUGCGCCAAUUCGGUACAAUCGGCGAUCAAUGCUCAGACCGCCAACGCAUACCGAGUGGAGUUGUGCGACAAUCUAUGGGAAGGCGGCACAACACCUUCGGGAGCUACAGUGCGCUUGGCAAGGAAACACCUCACCUCGACACUGCUGAACGUGCUGAUACGCCCACGGGGCGGGGACUUCUGCUAUAGCGAUGUCGAGUUUGAAACCUGUAAGGAGGACAUCAAGCUCUGCAAAGAAUGGGGGGUGGACGGUAUUGUCUGUGGCGUAUUAAAAAGCGAUUUCACUAUCGAUGCCACGCGGACGCACGAAUUGAUUAAGUUGGCCAAACCGCUUCCCUUCACCUUCCACCGCGCCUUUGACCUGUGCUCUAAUCUCGACACUGCCCUGCAUACACUCAUUGAGCUGGGCGUAGACCGGGUGCUUUCAUCAGGGGGAGCGUCAUCUGUGCGAGAGGGCUUGCAGAAGCUGCAACAUCUGAACAAAAACAUAGCUGCCAACAAGAUCAUAAUCAUGCCGGGAGGAGGCGUCACUGAUAACAAUGUGCAAGAAUUCAUGGAUGUGACAGGAUGUGAAGAAUUCCAUUGUUCGGCGAAAGUGGGCAAGCAAAGUAAGAUGGACUGGAGGUUGUGGAAUGGUGUGCCCAUGAAUUCGAGCGAAGAUAUACCCGAAGACGUCAAUAAUGAGUCUAACUUAGUACAGAUCAAGAAAGUUUUGACUGCCAUGGACAAUCGACGUAAAGAUGCGAGAGCUAAGUGAUGGGUAAAUAAAGAUCAAUUAUAAUUCAUAGUCGAAUACAUUGCGCGGAGAUACACACAUAAGCAAGAAAGAACAUUGCUGAAUUUUUCUCUGACAA